AUGGCCGUCAGAAAGGCUUCGACGGCACAACCAACCACACCACCGAGCAGCCCGAAUCCAUCAUCCGACCAUAUUGUCACAUUGAACAAUGUCCAGCAGUUCAUUGACAUGGUCAAAGCCGUUGUGGCCAUAGAGAUUGCUUCCGCUCCUCCGACAAACCAGCCAUCAGCACAGGUUGUGACUACUGAGCAUGUCCAACAGGUCUUGGACAUUCUCAAGUUUCUCAGUACCAAGCAGGGACCUCCACCAAAAUCGCCAGACUCAGUCAGGGCAACCGAAGGUGCGAAACCUGAUGCUUCAGAGGCUAGCCAGCCUGAAACAGCUCUAGCUUCUAGGUUGGAAUUCAAGACGGUGAAUGAAGUGUGGGAUGAGGAAGAAUCUGAAUACAAGAUUCAGGAAUCUUCAGCGGCAAAAGUGAAUACGCUAGAUGAAUACGUGUUUGUUAUGCGCACGCGGAGUGGCAAACGCUUUUAUAUUAACAAGCUUUUAGACAAGAACACCAAAGACCCGACCUUCUAUAUCGAUGUCAAAUCGAAAGAGCUCCGAGACAUCUUGAGAGAGGUAUUGAAGGAUGUUCAUGGCAUAAGUUUGGUGGAAGAAAAGCCAACAGUUGAGCGACAUCUCCUGUACCACUACCUCCUAGAACUUGAAUCGCAUCGAAGUAUUAUGCAUACCGACACAACGUUCACAAAGCACCUCGAUCUGUUGAUCAACUGCGUGAAGAGGAUCUACGCACCCACGACUGCGCGUCUCCUCCCGCUCCUUGAGCAUGGUGAGAUCACGUUUGAUCUGCUUUGGGCGCUCUUCAAACCAAACACCCCGGUCUAUACCACUUGUUCUGGGACCAAAAAACCGCGAUGCAUUACAUAUGAUUCUGCUGAAGAGAAGAUGAACAGGUGGAAAAUGAAGUAUUUUAGUAUGGACUGCCCGUUCGGCAAGACCUCCACCGAGCUUGUCAUUCCAAAAUUCCGCGGGACGCAACGCAUCAACACCCUUCCAGCUUUCCCUCUCAAAUACCAUCCAGACAAAGAACAGAUCAAGUCCGGCCUCGUUAACUGUGGUCGAAAGUUCGUCUCCCUAAUAGGCACUCACCAUAUCUACUGUCAGGGUGAAGCAUUUGUCAUGUACGAAGGAGAGCCGGUGGCGGUGUCUGUUGACAGCCGGGUUAUGGUCGAUGCCGACUUCUUUUGGAAGAUGAAUCCCAAUUACUCCAGACCACGUGCUGACCUAGCCGUGAAUCGAAUUCGCAGUGAAUCCGGCGGCCCGCCUCCACCAUUAACUAAGCCGGUUCAGAGCGAAGAUAUUGAGCUGGCUGAGUUAAGGGAGGACGAUUUGCUUAUUUGCUGCCCGACUGUGCUAGGUUUCAGUUUUGGCGAGAAGCUCUGGGCGGAGUUUGCGGUCGCCGAUAUCAAAGAGAUUGAAUGGUCAUUGUUACCAUUCGAUUGUCUGUCGAUUCCCGAGGAGCAAAGAGAUGUCAUUAUGGCUCUCGUGGAGGCUCGCCUUGAUCCGAGCGUCGAAUUUGAUGACUGUAUCGUGGGCAAGGGAAAGGGAAUCAACAUGCUCUUGCAGUACGGCCCUAUGUCGCUCAUUUAUCUCAUCUUACUAACAUGGAAAAGUGGUCCCCCUGGAGUCGGAAAAACCUUAGCAGCAGAAGCAGUAUCUGAGCACCUGAAAAGGCCUCUCUACUCAAUCUCGGCUGGAGAGUUACCUACCGACGCAGCAAAGCUGGAAGGGCAACUCUCUCGAAUCUUCAAGACUGCUGGCCAUUGGAAUGCAAUUCUUCUCUUAGACGAAGCAGACGUCUUCCUCGAGCAACGUUCGCCCGAUAAUCUUACUCGCAACGGCCUUGUCUCUGUGUUCCUCCGCAAACUGGAAUACUGCCAGGGAAUAAUUUUCUUGACCACAAACCGAGUAUCUCAGUUUGAUGCAGCGAUCCUGAGCCGGAUCCAUCUCAUGCUUAGAUAUGAAGACUUAACCAAAGACGCGAGGGGGCAAGUCUGGAGGAACUUCCUUUCCUGGACAACUAGUGCUUCCGGAGAUGCAGACGUCACAGGUAAGGAACUGGAUGAAUUAGCUAUCUACAAGUUGAACGGCCGGCAGAUAAAGAAUAUUAUGUCCGCGGCUCAGGCUUUCGCCACUAAAGAGAGGACCAAGAUAGGAUUUUCACACGCAAAGAAGGCUGUGAAGGCGAAUGAGAAGUUUUUCCGGGAGUUUUAUGGGAAAGAUUUCGUCGAUGCUAAUUACGGUUAG